AUGAUUUACUUCGAGUGUCUUUUCUUUGUAGCGGCCGUUGCAAAGGAUAGACACAUUUAUUCGUCUCGACCUUCAUCACUUGUUCGGUACUUCGACAAUACAAAGCCACCUACCCUUUGUACUCACCACGCUGGUCCUUUCAAUACCACCACCGGCGACCCAUUCGCACUAUUCUCGUCUGCGUCUGGUCUUCCUCACCCUUUUCCGACUGUUCUUGUAUUUUUCUUUUCGUGUGCUUGUUCUGAAUACGAUCAACUCUGCCCCGUUCGAGUUGUGAAUCGAUUUGUCCUUUCCUUUUGCGUGCUUCUUCUGGUUACGAUCGACUCUGUCCCCGUUCGAGUUUCGGUUUUCGCAGUUCGGAAUGGUGUGGUUGCAGGUGUGAUGAACUGGUUGGGCGGAAACCCACAUCUUCAUGAUCCACCUCUCCACUUACUAUGUCUUCGCCUUCCUCUGUUAAUUCUACCAAACUUUGUUGUUGAUCCUUAUACGAUCUCCCUCGAUGAACCAUACGUCCAGUGCGGAGGUUCUUCGUUUCGCAGAGCUGUACGUCCCGGUCGCCGAUGGCACGACAGGAUGCAGUUUCUGACGGGAGAUCAGGUCGAGUAA